AUGGCCCCCUCGCCACCUCCCCCAGCAGACUUCACAUUGGACCCGUCCCUAGCGGACUACAACAUCCUCAUCCACGACUAUCUCUCCAAGCUGAACGAGACCGCCAACCCUAAGCUGGAAGGCCUAGCCACCGGCGCCGUCAUCUUCAGUGUCCAUCACCCAGCAGCUCAACCAGACCGGGUCCUCCUGGUCCAGCGCGCAUCACACGACUCCAUGCCGAAUAGAUGGGAAAUCCCCGGCGGCGCCGUCGACGACGACGAGACCGUGCUAGGCGGGGUGGUGCGCGAGGUGUGGGAGGAGAGCGGCCUCAAGGUCAGGCGCUUCACCGCCUCCAUCGAGGGCUUGGCCGCGGGCGCCGUCUUCCGCACCAGGCGCGGCAGGUUCGUCUUCAAGCUGACGUUCGUGGUCGAGGUGGAGGACUCGGCCGCCGUGACGCUUGACCCGGACGAGCACCAGGACCACGUGUGGGCUACGGAGGAGGAGUGCCGGUCGGAAAUGGUCGAUAGGUCUGCGGAGGGGAAGGCGCCGACUGAGUUGGUUUUCACGACUGCGGCGCAGGAGGAGGCUAUCUUGCGGGCUUUCGAGACGCGGAGGAAGGGCCGCGGAGAAUAG